UGCUAAAGAUGCCUUUGAGGAUUUUUCCAUCAAUGGGAAUGUAAAAAAAUAUGGAUAUGAUGAAUUGACAAAGAUCUUUUGGCAGUAUUUAUCAAUUCAUGUUUUUUCUAAAACCAAAGAAGAAUAUUAUCAUUUUGUUAAGAUGCGUCAAGUUGAGAUUCCACUGUUUCAAAGCAAGCCUGAGCAAGUUUAUGAACUGAUGCAAUUGUUGUUAGAACUGUGGACUGCUGCUGUUAUUAAAAUAGUUAGAAUGCUAUUUUAUCAAUACAAGUCUAGACAUUCCAAAAAGCCAAAUAAGGGUACUGUUUAUGGUAUUAAGCAGAUAUUUGUAACAAUAGGAACACCAAAGGGUAAUAAGAAGCGAUAA